GGUUGCCAACUGUACAUGAACACGGCAGGUGAUCAGGCCGCCGCCAAGCAAGGCAUCUUCGUGGUGGCUGGGGCGGAGUCUGCAGAGAAGAACGGAGGCAAGGAGGGAAAGGUGGGGGAUACGACACGGCAGCAGCAGCAACAGGAGGAAGCAGAGGAGACACGGGCGCAGAUUACCUUUUCCACGGGUGCAGGCAGUCUAAGUACCAUGACCAGUAGCUCCAGUGAUGCAGCUCACUGCGGUCCCAGGACUCAGCCCACUCCCAUGAUGGUGUCCACCAUGGCUGGCCACUACCCAACUUUGAUUCGAUGGAAAAGUGAGGGCGACGGUCACUUCCAAGUCAUGGAGGAGGACAAAUCAGAGGAGACGACGAUUGUUGUCUUUGCCGGCAAGGGUGGCUGUUAUGGCCGCCUAAAAAGGACCCGGAAACAGGAACCGGCCACAAUACAUGUGGCUUUGCGCAAGGAUUAA